CACCUUGUUCCAGAAACAUCCAUGAAUUGUUAGCCAAGCAAUUGAAGCAAAUCGAAGAGCAAUGGGUUGGGUGUGGAUCAACGACGAGCCUAAGCAUUCCGGCGCCGAUGAUUUUAGCGCCGUCAAGGAUUUUGGAAACCCUAGAUCAUCCUCCGGCAGCGAUGGUGACGGCGGUGAACGGUGCGCUACCAGGAAGGUUGUGAGCACUCGGUGCCGAACCGAAGAGACUGAGCCCGGAAAGUUCAUCAGAAAGUGCGAAAAGGCUGAGCAAACUUUCAAGGAUUGCAUUGGGAGGCCUUCUGAGAUAGUGGAGUCUAAUAAAGAAUACUCAGAGGAAGAUGUCACGGACCAAAUGACAAAUGAUUCACAUUCUAUAGAGUCGUCAAGUGUGCCUUUUGACUUCCCUGGGCUGCGUAGUGAUAUUGAGAAUAUUGAACGAAGCUUCUUCAGUGAACUUGAUCGUUUCUUUGAAGCAGCCGAGGAGAUAAAGAAUGGCUUCUUUGGUGCAUUCAGUAUUCCUCGCGUCUUUGAUGAUGACCGAUCACCCCCACCUGAGAGACGCGGUAUACCCAUCGAAUCUCAUCCUCCUAAACCAAACAACACCGAUGGAGACGUCAAUAUUUCUGGCCUGGAUAAUGAUAUUUGAAGCAAUCAAGUAGGAGAUCCUCUUAAGGCAUAUCACUCAUUUUACGUUCUCAACCUCUUGUAUAAGAACUAGUUCAUAUACAUCUUUUUUUAAAUCUAAUUAUCCUAUCAUCAAAUACUAAUUUACUCUAUAGUUACCUAUUGUAUUACCAA